GCGAAAAGCUAAACUCACGCGCGUUGUUGCGCGUUGCGGCGUUGAACAUCGGACGCUCUGAGGGAUCUGAUCGCUCGUCGAUGGCGGACGAUCAUCCUGAUGCCAUCAGAAUCAAUGUACCCAUCACUCUCAUCCUCACGCCCAUCUGCGCAGGCACGUUCGGCUUCGUGUCAGGACUACUGACAUCUGCCGAGAAGGCAUCCCUACAGUUUCUAGCAGAGAAUGCUCACAGGCAGCCCACGACAGUCCAGGGCUGGUAUUUCUAUCAAAAGACAAAGAAUUAUCGGGUCCUGCUUGGAGGCGCAAGGGGUGGUCUCCUCACUGGAGCUAAGCUAGCUGGAUGGACGACCGCCUUUGUCGGACUGGAAGAGGUCUUCUGGCGCCAUGGCUUCUCACGCUCUCGCACGAGCGCAGCUCAGCCAGGCUCCGGUUGGACGGGCUCAAGAGCAGCAAGUGGAGCCUGUUCUGGUACCUUGCUUGCAAUCGCUGCCGGCACAUUCUACAAGCUGCCAUGGCAGUCUGCGAGCCGCAGAUUGCUCCUCGGCCUAUCGGUGGGCGCGCUAGCAGGCAGUCUCGAGGACUUGCAAAGCUACCUCAAGUCUCGCUUACCCGAGCGUGAAUGAUGUCUCAUAGCUUGCCGCUACUCCCCUGCAAUGGCGGCAGGAAGCCAUCGAGCAGCUUCUUCGCAGCUCCCCCGAGGAUCAUGUCGAGCGCAACCGAGUCUCCUGAUGUCCAUCUGACGACAUCUCUCACUUGAUCCUCUACUCGGAUGGCGACGUUUGGCACAUCAGACCCGAACAGCACGCGACCCUGCCUGGCGAGUUGCAGCAGCUUCUCAUGCAGCUCGGGCUCGUCGCGCAUGUCUGGA